AUGAGUUAUGGUUUAAAAAAUGCGAGCCAAACCUUUCAAAGGUUUGUAGACGAGAUAACACGAGGACUUGAUUUUUGCUUCGUGUACCUGGAUGAUUUUCUAAUAUUUUCCCAGGACGAAGACAGCCAUCUUGAUCAUCUUCGCCAAAUCUUUGAAAAACUUAAGGAAUUUGGUAUGGUCAUCAACACGAGCAAAUGUGAAUUUGGUAAGAAAGAAAUCACCUUUCUAGGGUAUCACGUCUCAGCCAACGGUGUUAAGCCUUUAGACAGUAAGGUUCAAGCCAUCAAAGACUUCCCCACUCCGAAAACCGUACGAGAACUUCGGCGUUUUCUAGGGAUGCUAAACUUUUAUCGCCGAUUUAUCAAAGGAGCUGCUGAAAUUCAGGCACCAUUAAACUCUUUGCUGACGGGGUCCGUAAAAGGAUCACGUUCCGUGGAUAUAUCGGGAGAAGCCCUACAUGCUUUUGAGCAGUGCAAAACUAGCCUCUGUCAAGCAGCAUUCUUGGCACAUCCAGAUCUAAACGCAAGAUUAGGUUUGGUAACCGACGCCUCAGAUAAGGCAAUCGGUGCCGCCUUGCAGCAAGUAAAGAAUGGAUCAUGGCAGCCACUUGCAUUCUUCUCUAAGAAACUGAAACCAGCCCAACAGAAAUACUCGCCAUACGACAGGGAGCUUCUUGCUAUAUACGAGUCAGUGAAAUACUUUAGACACAUGCUUGAAGCAAGACAUUUUACUGUUUUUACUGAUCACAAACCAAUCUGUUAUGCAUUUCACAUCAGAAAAGAUAAGUGCUCACCCCGCCAGUAUCGUCAUCUCGAUUUUAUAUCACAGUUCACCACCGACAUCCAACACAUCUCUGGAAAAGAUAACAUAGUGGCUGAUACGCUUUCAAGAGUGGAAGAAUUAGCUCAGCCUAUUAAUCUAGUUACCUUAGCCAAAAUGCAGGACGUGGAUACGGAACUGAAAGAAAUUCUGAAAGGUGGGACAUCACUUCGAUUAGUUAAGGUACCAAUACCUGGCACGAAGACAGACCUAUAUUGUGAUGAUGGAACUGGAAAUCAAAGGCCUUACGUACCUCAAAACUUAAGGAAGCAAGUCUUUGACAGUUUACAUUCGCUGAGCCAUCCUGGGGUCAAAGCUACAACAAAGAUGAUAACAGAACGCUACGUUUGGCCAGGAGUAAAGAGAGACUGUCGUGAAUGGUCGAAAACGUGUCACCCCUGCCAGCGUGCAAAAAUAACACGUCAUGUCUCCGCACCUUUAGGCACAUACAAAUUACCACCUGCCAGAUUCCAAUACGUCCAUAUAGACAUCAUUGGACCUUUACCUGUAUCAGAUGGAUAUCGCUAUUGUCUUACAGCAGUUGAUAGAUUUACCAGAUGGCCUGAGGCAAUACCCUUAUCAGAUAUCACUGCUGAAACUGUUGCAAAAGCAGUUCUUAAUGGCUGGAUCUCGCGUUUUGGGUGCCCUGCUGAAAUCAUCACAGAUCGAGGAAGACAAUUCGAAUGUUCCUUAUUUAAACAUCUAUCCAAUCUAAUCGGAUUUCAGCAUAAGCGAACUACAUCUUACCACCCAGCGUGCAACGGUAUGGUAGAAAGGAUGCACAGACAUCUGAAAGCCGCUAUUGUAUGUCACAAUAAUCAACGAUGGACAGAAUCAUUGCCAUUAGUAUUACUGGGUAUGAGAAAUGCAUUGAAACAAGACCUUCAAGCAUCACCCGCUGAGUUACUUUAUGGAGAAGAAUUGCUUAUUAGUCAGCGGCCAAGAAGAUUGCCUGUAGCACGUGAAAAGGAAGUGGAAACCAUGAUUGAGCGAAUGGUUAAUGAUGGUGUUAUUGAACCUUCAUCUCGGCCAUGGUGUUCACCUGUGGUGCUGGUAAAGAAGAAGGACGGCAGCAUGCGGUUUUGUGUUGACUACCGCCGCCUGAACGACGUUACGAAGAAGGACAGCUAUCCCUUGCCUAGAACUGAUGACACGCUGGACAUGCUCACAGGCGUAAAGUGGUUUGAUACGCUGGACCUGAAAAGUGGCUACUGGCAGGUUGAAAACUAUAUUCUCCACAGGAAAGGGUCUGUGGCAAUUUAA